GAGGAAGUGUAGUAUACACUCAAUCUCUGCGAGAGAGCGACAGAGAGGAAAAGGAGGAAGACCCGUACAAUUCAGAGAGCAAAUCGGAGGAUAGGACAAAAAAAAGAUGGAUGCUGAGGAAGAAAUAAAUGUUAUCUGGAAGGGAUACCAAAAAGCUUUAAGAUCAUGAUCUUUGUUUGUGCUUUAAUAUUUUCACCAGAUUCUCCAGAAGCCAUGUGGACACUGGAAGCUUAAAUGUCACCGAGAGUUAGUAGCCCUAUAUGCCAUUUGUCACUUGAACAAAAUGAGCAGACAAACUGUAUGUCUAAAAUUUAAGGACCACUUUCUCCGGGUUCUGGAGCAACACUGAGAAACAACUGUGACGAAAACUAACAUCAUACUGCUUGUAUUGUGGACUGUUAUUGUGGUUACUGUGGACCAGUGCUCAUGUGACACGCUAUGCGCCUGCUGCUCAGCUGAGGGCAAGAUUAUACUAACUGAACUGGACAGGAUGCUGACUUUCUCAAAAACAUCCUCCAGCCUGUGGCAGUGAGCUAACUCUUGAUUUAAGACCUCUUCUGUUCUAUCCCAGAGGUCAGGACUGCAAAACAACACCAACUGUAAAAAGGAUGGUGCACAGAAGGUCGGGCUCAGCCUUGAGGAUGGAACAAAAACAAUUGCUUUCCCUUUGAUGACCGCGCCUCCAACUCACUCUACCUGAGAAUGGACUAAAAUCUGGGGCAGGACUCAAAAUUCAAAUACCAGCCAAACAAGAGUUAUGAGAUGGGAUAUUUGGAGUAACUGCUGGCAACCUUAAGGAUAGGAACACCUAACCAAGACGUCCUGACGACACAAUGUUGUGCGCUCAGGGUGUGGCCGCACCCCUAAUGCUGAGCUCUUUUCUGCUGCAGCUAGUCAGAGCCAAUCUCCCUUCUGGCUGCCUGAUUGCAUCCGAUAUCCUGAGCUGCACCAACCUCGGCCUCAACCAAGUCCCGGUAGAGUUGCCUGGAAUGGUGGCAACACUGGACUUCAACCACAACCGCAUAGAACGUCUUGAGGCGGGUAGCUUCUCUGCUCUGCCCAAUCUUGACACCAUACGGUUAGCCCACAAUCAGCUGAGCAGACUCACUCCUGGAACCUUCCGGAAUACAAGCAGCAUACGCCAUCUGGACCUUUCCUCCAAUCAACUGAACAUUAUAGAGGAGCACUACUUUCAAGAGUUAGUAGGAAUCAAGGAGUUACUCCUUUACAACAACCAGAUAGUGAGGGUAGAAAGCAAAGCCCUGAGUGGUUUGAGUAACCUACACAAGGCCUACCUGAGCCAUAACAGACUGACAGAUUUCCCCUUCUUUUCUAUUCAAGAACAUCCCAAUCUCACCACUCUGGAUCUAAGUUCGAACCGUAUGCCCAACCUUCCUGUCAAAGACAUCGCAGCUCUAAGGGAAAAGGUACAGAAUGGGUUGUUCCUGCACAACAAUAGCCUAAUUUGCGAGUGCUCCAUGUACAGCCUGUUUAAACAAUGGGAGUACAGAGGCUUUACCUCAGUAACAGAUUUUCGGGAAGAGCAUACGUGCUUGCUUUAUGGUGAGCAACGUGCUGUGGUGCGUUUUCUCAAGCAUGUACGAUACUUUGAGAACUGCAUAAUAAAACUUCCAAUGAAGAGAGUUAGCAUGGAAGCAGACGCUGGGAAAUCGGUGAUGUUGGAUUGUAUAACAUCAUUAAAGGGAAAGCAUCUCAACUAUUCGUGGGUAUCCCCAAGUAGGGAAUACAUUGCUCCUCCUGGUAAUAGCAAUACACUGAGAAUGUAUUCAAAUGGUUCUUUGGAAAUCUUGGUGGCACAAGAGAACGACUCUGGGGUGUACUUGUGCAUGGUCCAUAACCAUCAAGAGUCAAGCAACGAUUCUCUUGAAGUUAAUGUAACUGUGCAGCUGCGCGAUCAAGAGGAGGAGCCCUUUAACACUGGCUUUACAACCCUGCUGGGCUGCAUUGUCAGCCUGGUUUUGGUCCUUAUGUACCUCUACUUGACACCCUGUCGCUGCUGGUGUCUACCAGCAACACCAAGCCCUGCGAACCAAUGCAGUGCCCAGUCGUCUAUCCUGACACCAACGCCACCUGCCACUACGGAGGGCCCCGGCCGCAAGAUGUGUCAAUCCAGACCAGCGGUCACACAGCAGCCUCUUGCCCCUGACAUAUGGACCACUCGAGCAUCUCCACAAUGAUCUCUGCGGAUAAGAUGACAAACACAUCUCGAGCCGUAACCUCCUUUUCACUGCAAGAAGCCAUACAACUUCAGGACGCACAAGUCUCACAAUAAUAUUUCUUCUUACAAAACAGAAAUUCACAAGAUGUUUCCUAAAAACUCCA